AGGUCGGCUUAGCCAGCCACCAUUCCAUGCUGCCUUCCACUUCCACCGCCGCCCCAUCCCGCACUCGCUCCUUUCCUCCAGCAGGCAGCACCUCCGCUUCUUCCAAGAAAUGGCCGCGGCGGAACCAGCGUCCUCGGCAGCCGCUGAGCGGCUGCUGGAGGUGUCGGAGGAGGAGGUGGUGAUCGACUUCAAGCCCGACGCCAAGUGCCGCGCCGACCUCCGCCUCCGCUCGCUGCACCCGACCCUCCCCGUCGCCUUCAAGGUCCAGACCUCCUCCCCGCUCAAGUUCCUCGUCAGCCCGCCGCGCGGCGCCGUGCAGCCGCUCUCCUCGGCGUCCCUCCGCGUCGUGCUCCGCCCGCAGGCGCACCCGCCUCCGUCGUUCCCGCGCUCCCGCGCCGACCGCUUCCUCGUCCUCUCCUCGCUCUCCGCCGCGCACCUCGACGCCGCGGGCGCCACCGACGAUACCGGCGGCGUCAGCGCCGUCCGCCUCCGCGUGUUCUUCGGCGGGCCGUACCUGCUCCGCCUCGCCGCGGACGCCGGGGACGCCGCGGCCGUGCGCCUCAUCCUGCGCCGGCAGCCGCACCUGCUGCCGUUCCUCGAGCCCCAGCCCGCGGCGCCCGACGCCGCCGAGCAGUGGGCGCCGCUGCACGCGGCAGCCGCGAGAGGGGACUGCGGGGAGGUGAGGCGGCUGGGACCCGAGGCGCUGGCCGCGCGCGACCGCGAGGGGAGGACGGUCCUGCACGCCGCGGCCGCCGCCGGCGAGGCGGAGGCGGUGGCCGUGCUGGUGGACAUGGGCGCCGACACAUCGGCGGCCGACGCGCGCGGGAGGACGCCGAUGGACGUGGCCCGCGAGAAGGGAUACCAAGAAGUGGUGGACGUGCUGGAACGGUGGGAGCUGGUCAUGACGGCGGCGAGGCGCGGCGACCUCCAGAGCCUCGAGACCCUGCUGGGCAAGCGCGCGGGGGUCCGCGGCCGCGACCAGUACGGCCUGACGGCGCUCCACCUGGCGGCGAUCAAGGGCCACAGCGACGCGGUCGCCUUGCUGGCGGGGUCGGGGUGCAUGGACAUCGAGUGCGAGGACGUGGAAGGGCACAGGCCGCUGCACCUCGCCGUCGAGGGCGGCCACGCCGAGGCCGUGGAGCUGCUGCUCGACAUGGGCGCCGACGUCAACGCCAGGACCAGGCGCGGCGCCACGCCGCUCCAGAUGGCGGAGGCCAUGGGGUACGAGGCAAUCGCCCAACUCCUGUGCGGCAGGGGGGCGGAGGUGGCCGCUGCGCCGGCGUUGUGCGUCGCGUCCUCGUCUUCGUCGUCCAUUUCGUGCGCCUGAACUUCUCGCUGGGUUCAGUUCGCAAAUGUUCCAAGGACACGAUACGGCACUGUAUAGUCCACAGAUGUGUUUGUUCUGUUUUAUUGGAGAGAAUAUCAUGCGGUGUUACCAUGCAAUUGCAAUUAUUUACAUGUUGACAUUAUGUUGUUUAUGUAGGGAAAAACAUUUACUGUUCUGAUUCAUUCAUCGUAUUAUUGUUCCACUUUAAAAGCAUACAGGUAAUAACAUUUCGCAUAACAUGAAACUAGUUAACCACCU